AUGAUCGGAAACGUGUUUGGAAUGGAUCAUCUUGUGUUAAUAUCAUGCACUUUUGCCUCAACUAAGCCUGAUGAUGAAUAUAUACUGAGACCUUUUGCGAGAAUUACGAACCAUAUUCUUAUUGUCUACCAAAUUAAAUAAAAAAAGGAUAUGUGGAAUUAGAUGCUAAAAUGUAAUUAUUGUUCCAUUGAAUAAUUGAAUAAUAUGAUGUAAAACCUAAAAAACUUUUGGAAACAAAACUUGUUUAUACGAUGGUUAUAAAUGUUAUAAAAAAACACACGUUUUAGAGCAGUUAGAUAAAGUUAUAAUGGUACAAAAGGAAAUGAUGGUUCAGUAACUAAUAAUUAUUUUCAAAUUUAUUUAAUAAAAGAAAAAUAAAAUUUUCUUUAUAUUGAAUGAUCAGUAAAUAAUGUACAAUUGCACUGGUUUAGGCAAGAAUUCCUGUUAAAUUAAUGUUUUGAAAAAUGCCCUAUAGAAUUUUUAAUUGCAUUGGGAAUGACACAACUCAAAAAUGUGUAGAUGCAAAUGUAUGUCUAAAUUUAGAUAAGAAGUCUCAUAGCAAUUUCACAACAAUUCUAAAACUAAAUGUUCAGUUAAUUCUGUUAGCAAAUGUGUUGAUAAAUUGGCAUGUAUUUAAUAUGCAAUUGCAUGCUAAUGUUACAUAGAUAACAAUGUAGCUAAUUGUACAGGGGAUACUAAACCCUAAAAAGUAAUGAUAUUUUAUGUUUGAAGAAUGCAGAUGAUUAGAAAAAUUUUAUCACCCAUGCUUAUGUACAGCUAAAUUUAAUUAAAGCACCCUCACUAAUUCACCAUGGUGACUUGAAAAAGGUGCUUUUAGUGAUUAUCGAAAUGAAAAAGUUUGUUUGGGAGCAAUCCUUGGAGAUAAAGCUUAAUGUAAAUUGA